GCCUGAACCCCUGCCACCAGCCCCUGAACCUCACUUUGCCGCAGGGAGGCACUGAACUAAGAAACUGCCUUGUUACAGGUCACGCCCCUCUUUCUACUCCCUUUCUUAUAUCAAGAGGGGAAAAACACGGAACUACCUCUACCCGUUCUGGUCACCAUACGCCUAUUACCUUUACUGCUACAAGUACCGGAUCACCCUCCGGGAGAAGAUGCUGCCUUGCUGUAAAAGCAUCACCACUUAUAAGGAAGUGGAGGACUUGACACUCCGGCCCCGUUGCUGCCUUCAGUGCUCCUGAGUCCCUAGUAGGUCUUCAGGGGGGCAGACGCACCGAGCAGGGUGAUCAAGACCAGCUUAAAGAAUUAUAUUCGGCUGGGAACCUGACGGUGCUGUCUACUGACCCCCUGCUUCACAAGGGCCCGGUGCAGUUAGACUUCCACUUCCGCCUCACCCCCCAGACCUCCGCCCACUGGCACGGCCUUCUGUGUGACCAUAGGCUCUUCCUGGACAUCCCGUAUCGGGCCUUGGAUCAAGGCAACCGGGAAAGUUUGACUGCAGCACUGGAGUAUGUGGAGGAGAAGACCAAUGUGGAUUCCGUGUUUGUAAACUUCCAAAACAACCGGAAUGACAGAGGUGCUUUGCUACGCGCCUUCAGCUACAUGGGCUUUGAGGUGGUCAGACCAGACCACCCAGCCCUUCCUCCCUGGGACAAUGUCAUCUUUAUGGUGUAUCCCCUUGAAAGGGAUGUUGGCCACCUGCCCAGUGAACCUCCCUGAACAUGCUAUUCCUACUCUGCGAGGGGCUGGGAGCCGUGUUAAGUGAGAACCAAGCUUCCAGGAUGUGACAAAACACCUUCCAUCUAGGAGUAAAGGGUAGUGCAAUC